GACUGUAAGAUGAAGGCAAUAAAAGGUGAGACUGAGGGGUCAUUUAUGCAUCACUCCGAGUAAGCACAUCACUCCUGAGGACAACCAUCUAACCAUCAAACUCUUCAAAAUCAUGGAAUCUGCCAUUAAAGUGUUGAUCUCCCAGUUCAAGGCUUAUGCGGGGAAGGAUGGAUCUGCAAACACUCUGAGCAAAGAAGAGUUUCAAAGCUUGCUCACAUCCCAGCUACCGAACCUUGUGAAGAACGCUUCAGACCCUACUGUGAUUGACCAGCUCAUGAGCUCAUUGGAUGCCAAUAAUGAUGGGGAACUGACAUUCAUGGAAUUCUGGCAGCUGAUUGGCAAUCUGGCAAACAAGGACGGCGGUUUCUAGCCAAUGAAGAGCCUGGAUGACAUUUUAAAUAUAUCUAUUAGUCCACUAUGAGACAACUGUGUCAAAUUUUACCAUGUGACUUUCUGAUGUAGUUAUAACACAGACGGUGCCAAUGUUUGUAGUUAAUAAUUGUACAAAGCAGGUGACACCAAAUAAAAGAAACCAUUGUUUUAUUC